AUGGCCAAGUUUGUCUCUUUCUUCGGCCGCCUGUUGCUGGCGCUGAUCUUCAUCACGUCCGGCUUGGACAAGUUCUCGAACUUCGACGCCGAGACGGGCGGGCCGUCGGGAAAGUACAUGGCGCCCAAGAUGGACGCCUUCCGGGAGGCCUUCGCGGAGAGGACCGGGAUCCAAUUUCCCCUUCAGAAGGAGCAGUACCCUUACAUCAUCCUGGCGUCGGCGUUCCUCGAGGUGGUGGGCAGCGUCCUGUUUGUGGCGGACUCGUCGGUGGGGGCGCUCAUGCUGAUGGUGUUCUUGAUUGGCGCCACGCCUGUCAUGCACAACUUCUGGGACGUCCAAGAUAGCACACAGAUCUCAGAGAUGAUAAACUUCAUGAAGAAUCUAUCCAUUUUCGGAGGCCUGCUGGCGUACACAGCUGCCCGGAGGGAAGCUGAAGCUGUUGCAAAAUACAAAGAAGACUGA